AUGGAAUCUGCGAGUGCAUUGCGGCCUCUUGAUGAAUCACUACUCCGCGAACUCCCUCAACUCUCUCUCCGUAUCGCCCCUCUACGAGAACCAGUAUCAUCACGAACCCUAAGCGUCCCGUCGCCCCUCGAACCCAAUGCCAGUGGGACACGGGACUCGAAUAAUAUCUCCAAUUCAAGCAGCAAUAAUGGAAAGAUCCCAGCAAAUGCAAAGGCCAGCCUGCCGACAGUUACGGAAUUUCUAAACGCUGCGCGCAUCAGGAAAACCGAACUCUCAGCAGACUCGCAGUCAAAUGUGGAAUGUCCCCCGAGGCCGAUACUUCCUGCUUUUGUGAAUCUCCGUGCCCUGGAAAAGUUUCCAUUCUCGUCGUCCUUCGACGAUGACGCCCUUCAAGGGCCCCGCAAGCGUCGACGCCGAGAUCCCCAGGCCGAUUCAUUCAGCGAGCAUCUACAGUUACCUAUCCCUCAAGCCCAGAAGGAACAGCGGCCUCCUCCAUUUGGGCCAUUUGCUAUUCUAAAUGGAUUGAAUGAGCCUCCGCCCAAUGCUGCCCUUCUUCCACCCAUUGAGGCUGGGUCCAAUAUCUCCCAGCUUUUGACUAAGCCCUCCGGAGGCGAUGCUGGUGUUGACCCCGGGACGUUAGUUUCGGCCCAAGCCGCUGUCCUAGAUAGCCAGCCUGCGGAAAGACGGGAUACUAGGCUCGAAGAAACCCUCAGGACGUCUCUCAAUGUGGAUGAAGACGACGAUCGUAAUGAUAAUGACGAAAGUGUUGAAAGUACUAACCCAGUGGAUCCUGAUGAGAUUCCCCUUGCUGUUCGCGAAGCAGAAAUACCGAAGAGCAGUAAGGCGUUGCUACCCCCUCCUAGAGAAGAUGUGCCACUGUCUCCUAAAACUCGCGGCCGGUCCCGUAAAAACCUGAGAAAGUGGUCCGAAGAAGAGACGACUACUUUACUCCGAGGCGUGAUUAAAUGUGGUAUUGGCAACUGGACUGCUAUUCUUGCUCAACCGGAACUGGAGUUUAAUCAACGAACUGCCUCGAAUUUGAAAGACAGCGCAUCCGAUCCCAACGAAGCUGCGAAACAACUACACGCCACUCUCGCUAACACCCUACUCAAAGCGAAAGCAGAGGGCUCCGACGAAACACCUGGCAAAAUCCAGCUCUCCCAUAUAAUGCCCUCCAAUCAAGGGUUUGAGCCAAAGUCUGGAGCAGGAAGUCCGACUCGCAAUCCACAAAACCCCUCUAUCUCGAGUACCGUCUCAUCCACGCCGGACGCAAAUCCCGGGAGUAGUAGCAUUACCCAAUUGCAGUCACCCUCAUCAGGAAAUAGCACACCCGCUCUCUCAAGCAAGUCCCGCACAACCCUAGCUUCUCUUGGAAUCUCCGAACCACACGUCGCGAAAACCAAACGUCGCUCCCGGCGACCCUUCACAACCGCCGAAGACGAAGCCCUCCUCAAAGGCUACGCAGUGCACGGCUUCCAAUGGACCCUAAUCCAGCAAGAUUCACGGUUGAACCUCAGCCACCGCAAAGCGACAGACCUUCGCGACCGCUUCAGAACGAAGUUCCCACACGCUUAUCGCGACGGUGGUUCUGUGAGCGGAAAAGCCCUUACCAACCAAAACCAGAGCCAGGAGUUGACUACAGGCGCAUCGACCCCCCGUCCACAUCCGGUCAACACGGAACAAUCUCCAAGUAAGACUUAUGCCAUGACUCCAACUUCGACUCCGGCUACCACUCCCCGCAACUCGGUGCCUAGGAGGAGUCACGCUGCUACCCCUUCGCAGUCCAAUUUUGCCCAGAUUGACCCCGCGCUCUUACCUCCACCUCCGCAGGGCUUUUUGGAGCACUCGAUGUAUCUUCCUCCCGCUGCUUCGGGUGUGCUUUCUUUCUCUUUGGAUGAUGGAUCUGGGGCGGGUGCUUCUUCCGCAGUGGAGACUCCGUGGGAAGAUAAUACCCUUGCUCCUAUGAUUUGGGAUGAAUUGACAUAA